AUGGCACAGACACUGCUGGUACCACCAGGACCUGACAGUUUCCGCUAUUUUACUAGAGAAUCUCUUGCAGCUAUUGAAAAACGGUGUGCAGAAGAGAAAGCAAAAAAGCCCAAGCAAGAUCAUACGGAUAAUGAUGAUGAGAACGGGCCAAAACCAAAUAGUGACUUGGAAGCAGGAAAAACACUUCCCUUUAUAUAUGGAGAUACUCCUCCUGGAAUGGUGUCUGAACCAUUGGAGGACUUGGACCCUUUCUAUAGCAAUAAAAAAACCUUCAUAGUAUUGAACAGAGGUAAGGCAAUUUUCCGAUUCAGUGCCGCAUCUGCCUUGUACAUUUUAACCCCUUUCAAUCCACUCAGAAAAAUUGCUAUUAAAGUUUUGGUACAUUCAUUAUUCAGCAUGCUUAUUAUGUGCACUAUUUUGACCAACUGUGUAUUUAUGACCAUGAGCAAUCCUCCAGAAUGGACAAAGAAUGUAGAGUACACAUUCACUGGAAUUUAUACCUUUGAAUCACUUAUAAAAAUCCUUGCAAGGGGCUUCUGUUUAGAAGCAUUUACUUUUCUUCGAGAUCCCUGGAACUGGCUUGACUUCAGUGUCAUUUUGAUGGCGUAUGUAACAGAAUUUGUAAACCUAGGCAAUGUUUCAGCUCUUCGAACUUUCAGAGUAUUGAGAGCUUUGAAAACUAUUUCUGUAAUCCCAGGUAAGAAGUGGAGUGGCUUGAUGAAGUGCCAGGCCCCUGGUAUUUCCAGCUGUUUUUUGUGUGCUGUCAUUGUGUUUGUGUGUGAACUCCCCUAUUACAGAUAUGUGACAGAGUUUGUGGACCUGGGCAAUGUCUCAGCAUUGAGAACGUUCAGAGUUCUCCGGGCAUUGAAAACAAUAUCAGUCAUUCCAGGCCUGAAGACAAUUGUAGGGGCCCUCAUUCAAUCUGUGAAGAAGCUCUCAGAUGUCAUGAUCCUGACCGUGUUUUGUCUGAGUGUAUUUGCACUAAUAGGGCUCCAACUUUUCAUGGGGAACCUGAGGCAUAAAUGCCUGAUUUGGCCACCGGACAACUCUACUUUUGAAAUAAACAUCACUUCCUACUUCAAUAGCACAAUGGGAGAAAAUGGUACCUUUGUAAAUAUGACAGUGACCACUUUUAACUGGGAGGAGUACAUUGAGGAUGAAAGUCAUUUUUAUGUUCUGGAAGGACAAAGAGAUGCCCUUCUUUGUGGUAAUAGCUCAGAUGCUGGCCAAUGUCCAGAAGGAUAUGUGUGUGUAAAAGGUGGUAGAAACCCCAACUAUGGCUACACAAGCUUUGACACCUUCAGCUGGGCCUUCUUGUCACUUUUUCGGUUGAUGACUCAGGACUACUGGGAAAAUCUUUACCAACUGACAUUACGAGCUGCUGGCAAAACAUACAUGAUCUUCUUCGUCCUGGUGAUUUUCUUGGGCUCUUUCUACCUGAUCAACUUGAUCCUGGCUGUUGUUGCCAUGGCCUAUGAAGAGCAGAAUCAAGCCACCAUGGAAGAAGCUGAGCAGAAAGAGGCUGAAUUCCAGCAGAUGCUGGAACAGCUGAAAAAACAGCAAGAAGAGGCUCAGACAACAGCAGCUGUGGCAGCAGCAUCAGUUGCAUCAAGAGAUUUCAGCGGCGUGGGUGGCUUGGGGGAGCUCUUGGAAAGUUCUUCAGAGGCAUCUAAAUUAAGCUCAAAGAGUGCCAAAGACAGAAGGAACAAAAGGAAAAAAAGAAAGCAGAAGGAGCUCUCAGAGGCAGAAGAUAAGGAAGAAGUGGAGAAGUUUCCUAAAUCUGAAUCCGAAGACAGCAUCCGAAGGGGAGGUCGCUUGUCCUAUGAAAAGAGAACUUCAACUCACCAGUCUUUGCUGAGCUUUCGCGGCUCCCUGUUUUCCCCACGGCGCAACAGCAGAACAAGUAUUUUCAGCUUCCGAGGGAGAGCAAAGGAUGUUGGGUCAGAGAAUGACUUUGCUGAUGAUGAACAUAGUACUCUUGAAGACAAUGAGAGCAGGAGAGAUUCUCUCUUUGUUCCAAACAGACAAACCAGUGAGCGUCGCAACAGUAAUACCAGUCAAACGAGCCUGUCAUCAAAGAUGGUGCCGGUGCUUCCAGCAAAUGGGAAGAUGCACAGCACAGUGGAUUGCAAUGGUGUCGUUUCCUUAAUGGGAGGACCUCCAGCACUCCCUUCACCUACUGGACAAUUUUUGCCAGAGGGUACAACAACUGAAACUGAAAUAAGAAAAAGAAGAUUAAGCUCUUAUCAGAUUUCUAUGGAACUGAUGGAAGAAUCUGCAGCAAGGCAGAGAGCCAUGAGUAUAGCCAGCAUCCUUACAAAUACCAUGGAAGAACUUGAAGAAUCCAGGCAGAAGUGUCCACCAUGCUGGUAUAGAUUUGCAAAUGUUUUCUUGAUCUGGGAUUGCUGGAGCCCUUGGUUAAAAGUAAAGCACAUUGUGAAUUUGAUAGUGAUGGAUCCAUUUGUUGAUCUUGCUAUUACUAUUUGCAUUGUUUUGAAUACACUGUUUAUGGCCAUGGAACAUUAUCCAAUGACUUCUGAUUUCUACCAAGUACUUUCAGUGGGAAACCUGGUCUUCACUGGGAUCUUCACUGCAGAGAUGAUCCUCAAAAUAAUUGCCAUGGAUCCUUAUUAUUAUUUCCAAGAAGGCUGGAAUAUUUUUGAUGGCAUCAUAGUCAGCCUGAGUUUGAUGGAGUUGGGUCUUGCAAAUGUGGAAGGACUGUCAGUCCUAAGAUCCUUCAGAUUGCUUCGUGUUUUCAAAUUAGCAAAAUCCUGGCCAACACUAAAUAUGCUGAUCAAAAUUAUUGGCAACUCUGUUGGUGCUUUGGGAAAUCUGACUUUGGUCCUGGCCAUCAUUGUCUUCAUUUUUGCUGUGGUUGGUAUGCAGCUGUUUGGUAAAAGCUACAAGGAAUGUGUGUGCAAGAUUGCAAAAGACUGUGAACUCCCUCGCUGGCACAUGAAUGAUUUUUUCCACUCCUUCUUGAUCGUGUUCCGAGUGCUUUGUGGAGAAUGGAUAGAAACCAUGUGGGACUGUAUGGAGGUUGCAGGCCAAACCAUGUGCCUUAUUGUUUUCAUGUUGGUCAUGGUGAUUGGAAACUUGGUGGUAUUGAACCUGUUUCUAGCCUUGCUCCUGAGCUCCUUCAGUUCAGACAAUCUUGCUGCUACUGAUGAUGAUAAUGAGAUGAACAAUCUCCAGAUUGCUGUGGCGAGGAUUCAGAAAGGAAUAGAUUACAUUAAGAAAAAACUGGGAGAAAUUGUCCAGAAAAGCACAGUUAGAAAACAGAAAGCUAUAGAUGAUGUCAAAGUCCUUGAAGAACUAAACCACAAGAAAGAUGUCUACAUUACCAACCAUACCGUGGUUGAAAUAACUAAGGAUGUUAAUUACCUGAGAGAUGGGAAUGGAACUACCAGUGGUGUAGGAACAGGCAGCAGUGUGGAAAAAUAUAUUAUUGAUGAAAACGAUUAUAUGUCAUUUAUAAAUAAUCCAGGCCUUACUGUGACUGUACCAAUUGCAGUUGGAGAAUCAGAUUUUGAAAAUAUAAACACAGAGGAAUUUAGCAGUGAAUCUGACGUGGAAGGAAGCAAAGAGAAGCUAAAUGCCACCAGCUCAUCUGAAGGCAGCACUGUGGACGUUGCCCUGCCAGGAGAGGGGGAGCAGGCAGAGAUUGAACCAGAAGAGGCCCUUGAGCCUGAAGCCUGUUUCACAGAAGGCUGCAUCAAAAAAUUCCCAUGUUGUCAAGUGAGUAUAGAAGAUGGCAAAGGAAAAAUCUGGUGGAAUUUUAGGAAAACCUGCUACAGCAUUGUUGAACACAACUGGUUUGAGACAUUCAUUGUAUUUAUGAUUCUUCUCAGCAGUGGUGCUCUGGCUUUUGAAGACAUAUAUAUUGAACAGCGUAAAACUAUCAAGACAAUGUUGGAAUAUGCAGAUAAGGUCUUCACCUACAUUUUCAUUCUAGAAAUGCUUUUGAAGUGGGUGGCUUAUGGCUUCCAGAUAUAUUUCACAAAUGCCUGGUGUUGGCUGGAUUUUCUAAUUGUUGAUGUUUCGUUGGUUAGUUUAGUAGCCAAUGCACUAGGCUAUUCUGAAUUAGGGGCCAUUAAAUCACUUCGAACACUAAGAGCGUUGAGGCCUUUAAGAGCUUUGUCACGAUUUGAAGGAAUGAGGGUGGUUGUUAAUGCCCUUGUUGGAGCAAUUCCCUCCAUUAUGAACGUGCUUCUGGUUUGUCUCAUAUUUUGGCUGAUCUUUAGCAUCAUGGGUGUAAAUCUCUUUGCUGGCAAGUUCUACCAUUGUGUUAAUACCACAACGGGUGAGAUGUUCAACAUCAGUGAUGUCAACAAUAAAACUGAAUGUGAUGAGCUCAUACAUCAUCAGCAAGCCCGGUGGAAAAAUGUGAAAGUUAACUUUGAUAAUGUUGGAGCUGGUUAUCUUGCUCUGCUUCAAGUUGCUACUUUUAAAGGAUGGAUGGAUAUUAUGUAUGCAGCUGUUGAUUCACGCGAUGUAGAAGAACAACCCUAUUAUGAAGACAACCUGUAUAUGUAUCUUUAUUUUGUUAUCUUCAUCAUCUUUGGAUCAUUUUUUACCUUAAACCUUUUCAUUGGUGUCAUCAUAGAUAAUUUCAAUCAGCAAAAAAAGAAGUUUGGAGGACAGGACAUUUUUAUGACAGAAGAACAGAAGAAGUAUUAUAAUGCAAUGAAAAAGUUGGGCUCUAAAAAGCCACAAAAGCCCAUACCAAGACCAGGGAAUAAAUUUCAAGGAGUAGUCUUUGAUUUUGUAACAAAACAAGCCUUUGACAUCAGUAUCAUGAUUCUUAUAUGCCUUAAUAUGGUCACUAUGAUGGUUGAAACAGAUGACCAAAGUAAAGAAAUGGAAAUUAUUUUAUCUAGGAUUAACCUGGUAUUCAUAGUUCUUUUCACUGGAGAAUGUAUACUUAAACUGAUUUCACUUCGUCAUUAUUAUUUCACCAUUGGCUGGAAUAUUUUUGAUUUUGUCGUUGUCAUUCUCUCCAUUGUAGGAAUGUUCCUUGCAGAGAUUAUUGAGAAAUACUUUGUAUCCCCCACCCUGUUCCGAGUGAUCCGACUUGCCAGGAUAGGUCGGAUCCUGCGUCUAAUCAAGGGUGCAAAAGGGAUCCGCACCCUGCUUUUUGCCUUGAUGAUGUCUCUUCCGGCCUUGUUUAACAUUGGUCUCCUCCUUUUCCUGGUCAUGUUCAUCUAUGCUAUAUUUGGAAUGUCCAACUUUGCCUACGUGAAGAGAGAAGUUGGCAUUGAUGACCUGUUCAACUUUGAAACUUUUGGCAACAGCAUGCUCUGCCUCUUUCAGAUCACCACCUCUGCUGGCUGGGAUGGCUUGCUGGCACCCAUCCUGAACAGUGGGCCUCCAGACUGUGACCCUGAGAUAGACCAUCCAGGUAGCUCAGUCAAGGGAGACUGUGGCAAUCCUUCCGUUGGCAUUUUCUUCUUUGUCAGCUACAUUAUCAUCUCAUUUUUAGUUGUAGUAAACAUGUAUAUUGCUGUCAUUUUGGAGAACUUCAGCGUUGCUACAGAAGAAAGUGCUGAACCUUUGAGUGAGGAUGACUUUGAGAUGUUCUAUGAAGUCUGGGAAAAGUUUGACCCAGAUGCAUCCCAAUUUAUAGAAUAUAGUAAACUUUCUGAUUUUGCUGCUUCACUGGAUCCCCCUCUUCUGAUUGCAAAGCCAAACAAUGUUCAACUAAUUGCGAUGGACUUGCCCAUGGUGAGCGGUGAUAGAAUUCACUGCCUUGACAUCUUGUUUGCCUUUACAAAGCGUGUUUUGGGAGAAAGCGAAGAAAUGGAUUUACUUAGAGUGCAAAUGGAAGACCGAUUCAUGGCAGCCAAUCCAUCAAAAGUUUCAUAUGAACCAAUUACCACCACAUUAAAACGAAAGCAGGAGGAGGUGUCUGCUAUCAUCAUUCAGCGGGCUUUCAGGCAUUUCCUCCUAAAACAGAAAGUUAAAAAAGUAACUUCUAUGUAUAAUAAGGAAAAAUGCAGAGAUGGUGAUGUCCUACCAAUCAAAGACGCGACCACUGAUAGGUUUAAUGGGAAUUCCAGUCCAGAGAAAACAGAUGAGAGCUCGUCUACCACCUCUCCCCCUUCCUAUGAUAGUGUUACCAAGCCAAACAAAGAGAAAUAUGAAAAGGGCAAAACAGACAGAGACUUUAAAGGUAAAGAUAUAAGGAUUAGCAAAAAGUGAAACAAAUUGUUUAUAUUAUUUGUUAUUCAACUUGUUUACAGCCUUUGAAGGAGAUGUAUCUGUCAGCAAAGCUCCACUGGAGACUUUUGCUAAACUGUCAAUGUUUAUAAAUAUAUUACAUGUAUAUCCAUGUAUAGAUAUAGACAUAUGCAGGUAUGUCUCUAUAUAGACAUGUAUGCUCUCUUUCAAGGUUAGUGCCUAUAACAAGACAGUGACCCCUUGUCACCAGACCUUAACUCUGGAAAACAGAGCAGCAGCCUAUUGCUCUCUCUGGAAAA